AUGAAUAUUCAACCAACAGACACUGAUUCAAUAUCUGAUACAUCUAUCUCGCGUGAAUUUCCACGUUUUCCUGCAAUGUCUCCACAUCUACCUAUUAAUUAUCUUACAACGUCUUCACAUCUACCUGCUGGUGAUCUUAUAAUGCCUGCCAAGCACAACAAAUCUUAUAAAAAAAGUUAUCCAAUAUCAAAUAUCGUUCUACUUGGAUAUUAUGUGAUUGGUCAGGUUUCUAAAUGGUCGAUUGGAUCAAUUUUAACACCUUUGGUAAGUGUUAAUGAUACUAUUGAAGAUGUACUUGAAAAUACGAGCAACGGUGAUAUACGUUCAAAAAUAUAUGGGAUAUAUUCGGGGUGGAGUCCGGAAAAUUGCACUAUCGUUAUGCAGCCCCAAGAUACCUUUAAUCAAUGUUGCGUAACUAAUCGGUGUAGAAAUUGGUUACUUAUUUAUUGUGCUGUGACUUUGGAAUGGUUCAAAAAAGAUAGAAUGUGUUGGUGUUGUGGACGUCUAGUACGUCAUAAUUAUCAAAAUUGCCCUAAUCGCAAUUUAUGUUGUUAUGAAUCUGGACAAUCUCAUAAAUCUGGUCAGUGUCCGAGUAAUACGAAGUAUAAGGAAAACAAACCGCAGGGUAUCCCGCCCAUUAUCGUUAAAGAAAACGCGCAACGAAUGUUUAUAUCACCAAUAAAAGGCGGGGUAAACGACAUGAAUCAGCACCAUUAUAAAAAUGACAUUUUUAUAUAA